AUAAAAUAUCAUAUACUCGUUUUAAAGAAUUUAAAAAUAAAUGGAAUUAACGGGAUUAAAUGUUUCCUGCACUGCUUGCUAUAGAUUACUUUACUUCAUGGCGAAUUACGAUUCAUAACAACUUAAUAUUCAACAAUUUUCGUCAAAUUUUUAAGAGUACCUGGAGGAGCAUUUCGUGUACGUUUGAUAAUUAUUAAGUUAUAAUGAUUAAUAAUGAACACAUCUCACGGAAAUAACGUUUCGUUAAAUCGGUUAUACAGUUGAGCAAAUAUAAGUUUGCAAAGAUGAAAUGUCGGAAAUGUGCCUAACUUUCAGAGCUGACGAUACAUGCAACGAUCAAUAACAUUCAAUUAAUUUUUUACUAAUAAAUGACUGAUAGAAUGGCUAGUAGAGAAACAUCAAUUAAUUCGAAAAACUCGGAUGACCACAGUGUCGAGACAUUGGCAGAAGUCUUCAGGUGUUUCAUUUGUAUGGAAAAAUUGACAGAUGCACAUCUUUGUCCCCAUUGCAGUAAAUUAUGUUGUUAUACGUGUAUCAGGAGGUGGUUGACAGAACAACGUUCACAAUGUCCUCAUUGUAGAGCUUCAUUGCUUUUACAUGAAUUAGUUAAUUGUAGAUGGGUUGAAGAAGUAACACAGCAGCUUGACACACUUCAAGCUGUUGGUAUUUCAAACUCUAGGCAUGAUGAUUCCAAUAGAGACAGGUGUACUGUGCAUCGUGAAAAAUUGUCUGUUUAUUGCUGGACUUGUCGUAGAUGCAUAUGUCAUCAAUGUGCUCUUUGGGGUGGCACUCAUUCAGGACAUACUUUCAAGCCAUUAGAAGAAGUUUAUGAUCAACAUGUUACACAAAUAAAGGCAGAAGUAGGUCAAUUAAAGAGAAGAUUGAUGGAGUUAAUAAGUCUUGUUCAAGAAGUGGAACGAAAUGUUGAAUCUGUAAGAGCUGCAAAAGAUGAAAGAGUUAGAGAAAUUAGAAAUGCGGUUGAAUUGAUGAUAGCACGUUUAGAUUCUCAGUUAAAAGCUAAAUUGUUAACAUUAAUGGGUCAAAAGAAUUCUUUGACAUUAGAAACAGAACAGCUAGAGGCUUUAUUGCAAGAAGUAGAACAUCAAUUGCACACUUGUACUCGUUCCGAACUUAUAAUUAAAAGUACAGAUCUUUCGCGGAUGAUACAUCAAGUACGAAAGAAACCGAUGACGAGUUUUGUUACUGCUCCUGUUCCAGCUGAUUUUCACAGCGAAAUCGUUCCGGGAUAUGAUAGUGCUACAUUUGCAAUGCAAAAUUUUACACAAUUGCAGUUAAAAGCAGAUCCAGUAUAUUCUGCGCCCUUACACGUGAAUGGAUUAUGCUGGAGGUUAAAAGUAUAUCCUGAUGGAAACGGUGUUGUACGCGGAAAUUAUUUAUCUGUUUUUCUAGAACUAAGCGCAGGUUUACCGGAAACAUCGAAAUAUGAAUAUCGGGUUGAAAUGAUUCAUCAAGGAUCUCGAGAUACAAGUAAAAACAUCGUUCGAGAAUUUGCUUCUGAUUUUGAAAUUGGUGAAUGCUGGGGCUACAAUAGAUUUUUCAGAUUAGAUUUACUUGCAACCGAGGGGUAUUUAAAUACUGAAUUGGAUACUCUUAUAUUGCGAUUUCAAGUACGUCCACCAACAUUCUAUCAGCGUUGCAGAGAUCAACAAUGGUAUAUCAGUCAAUUACUUACAGUUCAGAAUCAAUAUGCCACUCAAAUUAAUGAAUUGAAAGAGAGAUUAGCAAUUGAAAUAUCGCGAAAUGCUAUGGCUGCAACCAGAGUACCUAGUGGAGCAACAUUAUGUGGGUCAACAUCAAAUGUGACAUCUAUAAUGAUGCAGCAACAGUCGCAAGCUGUUGGUGAUCCAUUACUUAAUUCCAAUUCUACACGUUCAGCUGAAACAUAUCAAAAUGGCACAUCUACAAGAUCAGUACAAAAUGUUCUCCCUGGUGGAGGUAACAGUGGUAUUUUAUCAGAUCAAUUACUGCCCUUGUGUGAGUUGGGAGAACCUUCAAAUAUGCGUGCUCUUGGUUCCUCUUCAACAUUAUCUUCUAUUUCGUCCAAAACAAGCUUAAAACAACAUAGAAUAAAUAACUUAAGCGUUGUUGAAGCUGAACCGCCUGGUAUGCAUAAUACAAACGAUAGUUCUGUAGGAGAUUGCCCAGCUACAAGUACUCACUCUCCGCCUCCUUCAUAUUCUUCGCCGACAGUGCUUAAUCAACAACAACUAAAUCUCCUGUCUAGUAGCAGCAGUAGUGAUAGUGGAGAAUUAAGUGAACAUGAUAUAUAUUUGGACGAGUGCGAACAUAAUGAACCACAUCUAACCCUUCUGGAUGACAAUUCUAAUGACGAAAAUGAUGUAGAUGAUGAAACAAUGUCAGGAGAAAACGACAUAGAAGUUGCAGAAUCAUUGACACCAUGGAUUCAGAAUAAGCAACGUACAAAGCAGCAGAGUAAUCGAGAGGGUACAGGAGAUAUUCGGAGAUUAGGCGGGAAUGAUAGUUUGGAAGAUGAGAUUAUGUUGCAGCUAUUCAAAAUACAAGAUCGAAAUUCUGCUUGGGGUUCACUAUGCUUUAAUCAACAUGUAGAUGAUAACUGUGAUUCAAGAACAUCUUUAACAACUUUACAACACCAUAAUUCCAAUCCUUUACAACCAGAACAUGAUUCAACGGCUAAUGAUCAAUUUACUGACAAACGUUCCACGUGUUCUUCGCAUCUAUGCCAGCCACAAAUGAUGUGUAGUGGUAGACCAAAAUUAAGUCAAUUAUCUAAUAUCUGUCAGCAAGAAGUUUCCGGAUUAAUUGCUUGCGGAAGUCAGACAAGAUCUGAACCUGCAACUCGCUCAAAUUCAAUAGACUGUGAAAAAGAACUUCCAAAUAUAUCUGUCGCUAAUAAAAUUAAUCACGACGUAGAAACAUCCAGAUCUGAUUUGAUAGUGCCAAAUGUAUUAUUGGAUAGUAAUAAAAUUAUGUCGAAGCAUUUACUAUCGCGACGACAAUCUUCACCAUCAUCGUCUGCUAACGUUAAUAUUAUAAAUAAUGAGAAUAAUAAAAUAUUUGAAUUCGAACAAUUGCUGGAGACCAUUCAAUUGUCUUCGAUGUUUCAAAAGGACACUGCCAGUUGUUUCAAUAAAUUAAGGAAAAAUAUUCCGUUAGAGGGAAAAUCUAAUAGUUGUGUCACUGCCACUAUCAAAUCUACUGCACUUUCAUUAGGACAUGAUGUUCCAUUAUCGUCCACAAGCAAUGCAGCAACAGAUUCUAUACCGAGUCCCAACAAUUACAGCUGGGCACCAGCGCUGUAUCAACAUAAACACGGUCAGAAGAAUGUUUUAGAGACUACCAUGCCAGCAUCUUCUAAUGAUUCUUCCAAUAAAUGUACCGCGGAAAAAUCAUUAGAAGAAACUAACUCGUGAAAUUCGCUUUGAAUUGCAUCUGUGACACCUAACGUUACAAAUGUUCUGUGAUUUUUUUUAUUUAUCUAAACAUUAUGUUAACUAAUAUUAUUAAAAGUGAUAGAACAAUAGUAAGAACAGUAAGAUUUGGAAACCUGAUAUUUCAAUAUUUUGAUGUGGUAAGUGAAAUAUUUUAUUAAAAUCAAUAUUUUGCAGCAGGUGCCAAAUACUAUUAAAAAGUAUAAGAUAUUGCAUGUAUAUUCAUGAUUAUAUAAGAGUGAUUCAGUAUUUGCUAUAAAACAACUUCUUUAAACUGUAGUCAAACAUUAGUAAUACAAAACCCAUUUUUUUCAGUUUAAAAGGUAUAUAUAAAAAAAUAUGCUAUGUAUAUAAAAUAUAUCCAAACCUAAGUAAACUUAGAUUGCAAUAUUAAUAUAUUGUAUAGUAUCAAAAUACUCAAUACGUUUACCUCUGCAGAUGGUUAUGGUGUUACAAGUAUUAUGAGAACAAAUUUUAUAUUAUUUUUAUGCGAUUGCUUGCGACUAUACAUAAAGCGAGCACAGCCCAUGACAGUGGAAUAAAAUAAAGAACAUAAUUAAUUA